AUGAAAAAUAUUGCAUACGAAGGUCGUCUAUUCUUGAUUAGUGCAGUGCAGUUCAUGCCAGAUGCGACAGCAAUGGGCUUUGGGGAGAUUAUUGACCAAGCUACAGGUAAGAGAAAAUUACCUGGAUGGCCAUCUGCUGACGACAACUGUAUUAAUGGAGGUAGUGUUAUUAUUGAUCCUUAUGGAGAGAUUAUUGCAGGGCCAUUGCUAGGGCAGGAGGGCCUUUUAACCGCCGAAAUUAACACUGACUUGAUUGCUGAAGCUCGCUUUGAUCUUGACCCUGUCGGACAUUAUGCUAGGGGAGAUGUCUUCCAGUUGACUGUCAAUGAAAGGUCACACGAUGUCAAGUUUACGAAAUGA